AUGGUGGCCCCUUUUGUUAUUAAUGCUACUGCAAAGCAGACCGCUACCGUGAUUUUCCUGCAUGGUCUUGGCGAUACUGGAGCAGGAUGGUGCAGCGCUUUCCAAGAAAUCUGUCGCCCUUACAUCAAAUAUAUUUUCCCUAAUGCACCAGAAUCCCCAGUGACUCUCAACGGUGGAGCAGUCAUGCCAUCUUGGUUCGAUCUAAUAAGCCUUUCACUUAGUGGACCUGAAGAUGAAAAAGGAAUUAAAGCAUCCACUAAUCACGUACGAGAUUUGAUCUCUGCUGAAUUAAACAAUGAUAUAGCUAGCAAUCGAAUAAUCAUAGGUGGUUUUUCACAAGGCGGUGCAAUUGCGCUUAACACCGCUCUGACCUAUGAAAAAAAACUAGGUGGCAUUAUAGGACUGAGUACAUUUCUGGAAAUAAAUGUAAAUAAGGAUUGUCCAAUAUUUCAAGGCCAUGGCGAUUGCGAUCCUCUAGUAAACCUUCGAUUCGGAUUAAUGACCAAGCAAAUACUAUCAUCUUUCAAUCCGAAUGUGAAUUUUGUUACAUAUCCAGGAAUGAUGCACAGCUCAUGUCCUCAGGAAAUGGAAGAUGUCAAGAAAUUUAUUGAUGAACGAUUGCCAAAUCAAUAA